GCCGUUUGUAUUUGUUUUGUGGGGGAAAGAUCGACGUCAGCGUCAGUUAAGAGUCGUGUUGAGGCUCGGUGAUCGCUACGUGGACAUGUAGAGGAUUAGCAACUAACGUUAGCUAACGAUGCUAGCUUGUGUUGUGCUCAAAUCACAGGCUGUUCGCCUUUACCAAACACGAUAACGGUUUAUGUAACGUUAAGGUGUAUCUACACUAAUGUAGCUAUUUUUAUUUUCAUACGACACGACGUUUAAAGACAGUAAAUAGUUUGAGUCUGUUGAGAAAAACAACAAUUAGCUCCGGGAGUUAGAUGCUUAACGUGGAUGACACCUAUUGUCAACAAUGAAUACUAGCGUUAGCUGUCUCUUUAGCAUCCUAAGUUACACCCCCAACAAUAACUAGCCUUGUACGCUAACGUCGCAAAUGUUACCAGCAAAUUAGCUCGAGUAGCUCAUGUUGCUGCUUGCUAAUAUUUGAAUGAAAGAAAGUUCAGCUUUGUAGAGCGACAUUGCUGUAGUACUGCAUGUUUGUUUUAGUGUACACUACGUAUUAGAGAGACUAUUGAAGUGCAUUCGUUAUUUAUUUAUUUUUAGCUCGUUGUGUCUGUAAUUAAAGGCCCCACACUGCACGGCCCAUACAGCUGGAGAAAGAUAACACGUUAAAAGCAGUACAUUUGGAUUUCUCAGCGUGAAGUUUAUUUCACUUCCACGCCCACACAACAGAAGGUACACUAUCAUAAAAUACUUUAAUCUGCAGCACACGAGUACCUAUUUUCCUAUUAAUGAAUCUCUGCAUAUCUGGGGAAAUAGAUACAUUAUAUCCUCAUUAAAUCCAGUAGUAUACUUCAGCUUUGUUACGGACACGGUGUUAAUGAUGUAGUCAUUCUAAAUGCAUAAAGCUGUGUUGGAGGAACAUCAGCAUUGUGUCUGUUGUGGAGACUCGGCAUCAGUGAUUUUUGUACACAAACAAGCCGAAUGAAAUGAAGGAUGAAUGUCAUGUGGACACAGUCAUGGACACCUGUACAACCCAGUGCUGUCAAAUACUCCCUGCAACCAACACAUACUGCCUUUCUUUGUGUGUGCCAGAUGUGUUUCUUCAAUUUGGUGGUGAUUAUUGAGACCUGUUGAAAAAGUGCCCCGUUACAUUUGUCUUACCUUUUUAGUUUCUGUGUCAGGAACAUCUAGCCAUGUCUGAGUCUCUGUAUGAGAAGUUCUUGGCCCCGGAGGAGCCGUUCCCUCUCCUCUCCCAAAGAGCCAACCUCAGCGAUGUGGGAACCCUGGAUGUCAGUGACUUUGGCUGUCAGCUCUCAUCUUGUCACAGAACAGAUCCCCUGCACCGCUUCAACAGCAACAGGUGGAACCUUACUUCCUGUGGGACCAGCGUUGCCAGCUCGGAGUGCAGCGAGGAGCUCUUCUCCUCUGUGUCUGUGGGGGACCAGGACGACUGCUACUCCCUUCUGGAUGACCAGGAACUGACCUCUCUGGACCUGUUUCCAGAGGGCAGCGUUUGCAGUGACGUCUCCUCCUCUAUCAGCACCUACUGGGAUUGGUCCGACAGCGAGUUUGAGUGGCAGUUGCCAGGAAGUGACAUCGCCAGCGGCAGCGAAGUCCUCUCUGACAUCAUCCCGAGCGUGCCGAGCUCGCCCUGUCUGUUUUCCAAGAGGAAGUCCAAACCCCACCCUCAUCGCAACCUGGAUGAGUUACCAUGGAGCGCCAUGACAAACGACGAGCAGGUGGAGUACAUCGAAUACCUGAGCCGGAAGGUCAGCACGGAGAUGGGCCUGAGAGAGCAGCUGGACAUCAUCAAGAUCAUCGACCCCUGUGCCCAGAUCUCUCCCACCGACAGCGAGUUCAUCAUAGAGCUCAACUGUCUCACGGACGAGAAACUCAAGCAGGUGCGCAACUACAUCAGGGAGCACAGCCCCAGGCAACGGGCCAGCAGCACCAGAGAGAGCUGGAAGAGGAGCAGCCACAGCAGCGCUAGCACCGGCGGCGUCAGCGCGGCCAGCAGCAGCAACGGCAGCAUGGUCAGCUCCGCCAGCUCCUCCGCCGGCUCCACGGCCUCCAACUCCGUGGCAGGUGGUACGGCAUCGGCCUGUAGUGGAGGCAGUGUUGCUAACAUUAGCAGAGCUCACAGCGAUGGCAACCUGUCCAGCGCCGCAGAACGUAUACGAGACUCUAAAAAACGUUCCAAGCAGCGCAAGCUCCAGCAGAAGGCUCUGCGCAAGCGGCAGCUGAAAGAGCAGCGGCAGGCCCGCAAGGAGCACCUGAGCGGACUGUUCCUGAACGAGGAGGUGCUGGCGCUGCGGGUGACGGAGGAGGACGACCGCGGCGACGACCUGGACAUACUGAUGUGACACCAGUGAAUCAAUCAGUGCUCCCUCUACGCCUGUUCCCCCUCAAGAGCACCAGAGCUCACGGACCACGCGCUCCCCGAACCGCCACACGCAUCCGCUUCGAGAAGGCUAACCUACCGAGUAAUGUCCGACGGGCAGGAAUAGCUCGCAGUAGCCUCUAACACUGCUUCACACCCCGCUGGCUAAUACUAGUGUAGCGCCGCUAGUUGCUAAAGCCGAUAGCCGCCGCGAUCACGACUAAGCCUAGCUACAGCAAUAAUGCUAAAAUACUGCUAAUGCUUUGAUGAAAUGCUGACCUCAGUCCAGCCUGCUUAAAGCCAGCCACACACGCGGUACUAAGGACAGGUGUUUCAGCGUAAUACAGUUAACAAGCUUGUAGAUGCUGUAACGGCACACACCACUGCUACUAAUACAGCCACCGCUGGCAGAAGGACAGAUCGAGCACGAGAAGCAGAGUUCAGACCACGUCAUGCGGAAAACCAGAUGUUUAUUUCUUCUUUGACGUGCGAGGGGGCGGAGCUAUAUGCACCGUGGCAGGGGGGGGGGGGUGCUUGAAGUCAUCCUCCAAAGCUGGCAAAUAUCCAUCUGAGAGUGAGAGCUUCCUGGUGCGGACACUGACGCGAGCCGCUCUGUCUUUCUACCCGCCGAGUGUCGUGGUCCCCUUUCCACCCUGAAGGCCUAGAGGGAGCACUGAACCUGCAUGUUUAGGUCGUCGCCCACACCGAGUCCCCGUGUGGUCCAAUAACUAACAACUGGCUUCGCUGUUCGCUUACACAUGUUUAAAAAAAUAGCUUAUGUCUUGUAAAUAUAUGAUAAAUAACAGCAUAUUUACCGCU